AUGCCUGAACCUUCUGGCGCUUUCGACCUUUUCUCUGAUUACCACAUCUUGCAUCCUAAUCAUCAAAAUCACUACCUGAGCAUGAGCACUGUUCAGCCUGCCCGACUCGUCAAGGUUGUCGGAUGGGUAUGCAGUUCGUGUCGUGCGCGUCAAGCCGCGAAAUAUCCUGAACACGCACCGAGUUCUUUGAUCAAGACCCGCAAAUCUUCAAGUACCAGCACCCCUCCUAAGAGAGGAAGGCUUCCUGAUACUCCUGCACGAACCCGAUUUGCACCCUCGCCCACAGGCAAUCUUCACCUAGGCUCUAUUCGAACAGCCUUAUUCAAUUACCUCCUAGCCAGAGCUACCAAGGGACAGUUCUUACUACGAAUAGAAGACACCGAUGCAAAGAGAACCAUACUCGGGGCGGAGGAUCGAUUAUACCAAGAUCUGAGAUGGGCGGGACUGCAAUGGGACGAGGGACCCAUAGUGGGAGGUCCAUACGGACCAUACAGACAAUCUGAACGAUUAACCUGGUACCAAACACAUGUUGAGAACCUUCUGAAAACUGGGCGAGCAUACCGGUGCUUCUGUAGCCCCGAGCGCAUAGACGAGCUGAAUCGACACCGCCACCAAAAAGGAUUGAGUCUAGGUUACGACCGCAAAUGCAUACAUAUCCCUUCGGCAGAGGCUGAAGGAAAGGCACACAACGGCGAGCAGCAUGUCAUCCGUUUUCGUUCACCAGAUGUAUGGCCGCGGUACAACGACUUGGUAUAUGGCAAAAGCGGCCAUGGGGCGGAAAAGACGAAGAAACUCCUCCUCGACGAACCCGUGUAUGAGGACGUGAUCCUAAUGAAAUCAGACGGCUUUCCGACCUACCAUUGGGCCAACGUCUGCGACGACCAUGACAUGCAUAUCACACAUGUAGUACGGGGGUCCGAAUGGAUGUCCUCAACACCCCUGCACGUCGCACUAUACCAGUCCCUCAACUGGACACCACCAGUCUACGCACAUGUUCCGUUGCUGGUUGACGAGAAGAAACAGAAACUCAGUAAGCGCAACCUCGACUCCGACGUCGCCAAUUUUCGCACCCAGGGUAUCUUGCCGGAGGCAGUGGUCAACUUCGCCGCAUUACUAGGCUGGUCACACACACAGAAGAAGGACGUCUUCGACCUGUCUCAACUAGAAUCUCUAUUCGAUUUGAAAAUCACCAAGGGCAACACCAUCGUUUCACCCACGAAACUGGUAUAUCUGCAAAGACACCACGCCCGCCGCCGGGUCCGGGCGCAAGGCGAGCGCUUUGAGCAAUUGAUCCGCGAUGUCGCAGUGGCUGUGCUAGACGAGUACGGUGCGGCGCGCAUCAUGACUUUCCUCUCAAACCGACCCCUUCGCGGCGUGAUCGCAAAAAUAUUACAACUCCAAUCCCUGCAUUUCAUCUCCGCGGCCCAUUUCGCCGAACACUGCUGCUCCAUCUUCAUCGACCCUCCGUCCACGAAACCCGAAGACCUGGAGUCUAUCGAUCUCGAACUCCUGCACCCACUCCGCGUCGCGGCUUCAACACUCUGCCUCGUACCCCCCUCUUCAUGGACGGAAGAAGUCCACCGCGCCCAGCUACGGCAGCUUGAAACACCACCAUCGAACGAUAUCGAGCCCAAGCGCUGGAAAACAGAGCUGUACCAUUAUUUACGAUGGGUGCUGCUGGGCGGGAACAAUGGGCCGGGCAUCGCAGAGACGAUGGAAGUGUUGGGCCGCGAUGCCUGUGUAGAGAAGAUUCAGGCGGCGAAUCAAAUGGUAAAGGAGUUUGAGAUGGCGAAAAGUAAGCCGAAGGUUGAUCCUGAAAUGGUCAAAAGUGAUGGCGAUGAUGGUGGAAGUGAUCCAGCCGAGAAGGAAAAGAUGACAGAGUGGAAGAGCUAUACUCUGUAA